AUGGAAGAUUAUCACCAAGAAGAGUUGUCCUUGUUCGUUUCACCCCCUGCAGACCCGUCAUUGCAAUCGAGAGAAUGGAUCACAUACCGGCCAGUAAAUCAAGUGACAAAUGCGUCCGCUCUCGAAUUCAAUAUACCGGGCCAGUCUUCGGCUUAUAUGGAUCUGAAAAGGAGCGUGCUAAACCUAAAAAUUCAAAUUGUCAAAGGCGAUGGCAGUGCAAUAAACCCAGACGAGGUGGUGGGGCCAAUCAAUCUACCUUUACACACUAUAUUCAGUCAGGUCGAUGUGUCUCUGCAGCAAACGCCUUUAUCACACACAGGAAUCAAUUAUCCCUACAAAGCUUACAUAGACACGAUUUUACAGUCCAACGAAAAUAUGCAGGUGAACUUGUUGACCAGUCAACUCUUCUUUAAAGAUACGGGUGACGUUGGUACCAAUGAUGGUAAAACGGGCAGUAAUAGUGGACUAUUUAUGAGAUACGUGCUUACUAAAGGUAGUAAGAUUGUGGAUAUGGAAGGACCAUUACAUAUUGAUUUGUUUCAACAGUCAAAACUACUCAUCAACGUAGUCUCUGUCGGUAUAAAACUCCAUCCUAGUCGAGAUGCAUUUAGAAUCAUCACUGACGCUAUCAGUCCAGAUUACCGAGUGAAAAUAGUGGAUGCUUAUUUCAGACUCUGCAUUCAGCGACUCACUAGUAGCGUAAUAAUAGCGCGUGAGAAGCUCAUUCAAGAUACACCAGCCAUAUACACUUACUUACGCACAGAGAUCAAAACCACAGCUAUUGCCUCUGGCCAGUUCAGUUACAGCGCAGAUGAUAUAUUCCAAGGUUUAGUACCAAGUAAACUGAUAGUAGGUCUAGUCUCUAGCGCGGCGUUUAAUGGUGAUUACACACAGAACCCAUUCAACUUUAAACAUUACAAACUGCAGUUUUGUAGGACUCUACGUCGAUGGACAUUCUUUACCUUGUCAGCCGAUGCAACCAAAUUAUACGGCCAAUCACUACGUGGACUGUUACAGAACAUUAGCUCUCUACAGAAACGAUCUCAACAUUUCCAAAGAAAAUUACAAGAAUGGAUACUGCUUGUACGCUCUUGA